GGGAUGGCAGCAAUUCUGAACAUCUGUCACCUGCUGAAGACAGGGGACAAAAUUGUCUGCACAAAGGGCUAUGCAGGUACAAGAGACUUAUUUGAGAAACUAAAAAAGGAUUAUAACUGGGAAGUGCAUUAUGUUGAUGGCACAGACCUAAAAGAGAUGGAAGCUGCAAUUACACCAGAGACCAAGCUGGUUUGGCUGGAGACCCCCACGAACCCCACGCUGAAGGUGAUCGACAUCAGAGCCUGCGCAGACCUGGUGCAGAAGCACAGGCACAGGCACGACCAUGAGGUGUGGCUGGCAGUGGACAACAGCUUGAUGUCUCCAUAUUUCCAGCGCCCUUUGUCCCUGGGGGCUGAUAUUUGUAUGUCUUCUGCAGCCAAAUACAUCAAUGGGCACGGUGAUGUUCUCAUGGGCCUGGUCUCUGUAAACAACAAAGAACUCUACGAGAGGCUCAAAUCCCUGCAGUCCCCCCUGGGAGCUGUGCCCUCCCCCUUUGACUGCUUCCUCGUCAACCGCGGGCUCAAGACCCUGCACAUCCGCAUGAAGCUGCACUUCCAGAACGGCCUGGCCGUGGCCGAGUUCCUGGAGAAACACCCGCGGGUGGAGAAGGUGCUGUACCCAGGGCUGCCUUCCCACCCCCAGUAUGAGCUGACCAAGCAGCAGUGUGUGGGCGUCUCAGGGGUCAUGAGCUUCUACAUCAAAGGGAAAAAAGAAAAUGCCUUUGCCUUCCUCAGGAACCUGAAGGUGUUUGCUGUGGGUUUUAGUCUGGGUGGCUACGAGAGCCUGGCAGAGCACCCGGCCACUAUGACCCACGCAUCAGUGCCUGAGGACGACAGAAUUGCUCAGGGAAUCAGCGACACCUUGAUCCGCCUCUCGGUGGGGCUGGAGGAUGAGGAGGAUUUGCUGGCAGACCUGGACCAGGCCCUGGAGGCUGCGGCUUCCACGAGGACAGAUGAACGUAAAAGGAAUUCUCUCUCUUGGACACACAGGGAGGAGCAGAGGCAGAGCCACUGCAGCCACAAGCCGUGUGCCCAGUUCCCAGGCCCCGUGUCAGAGCCAUGGGCUGAUUUUGGGGAGGGAUUCCAUCCCAGCCAGCUCCCAGCUGAUUUUGGGGAGGGAUUCCAUCCCAGCCAGCUCCCAGCUGAUUUUGGGGAGGGAUUCCAUCCCAGCCAGCUCCCAGCUGAUUUUGGGGAGGGAUUCCAUCCCAGCCAGCUCCCAGCUGAUUUUGGGGAGGGAUUCCAUCCCAGCCAGCUCCCAGCUGAUUUUGGGGAGGGAUUCCAUCCCAGCCAGCUCCCAGCUGAUUUUGGGGAGGGAUUCCAUCCCAGCCAGCUCCCAGCUGCUCUCUGCAGCAUCUUGGAUCAGGGAAGGGGAAGUUUGGAUUCCAAAGCUGGGGACGCCACCACUGGAGACUGCCCAGCAAACACUUGUGUGGAGAGGGAGGUGCCCCAGGGUGUCCCAGGGAGCUGCUCCUGCUCCUUUCCAGACGUUUGGCUCGUUCACCUCGGGCUCCUGUGGUUGUUUUUGGGGUGUGCUGGGCUGUCCUUGGGUCCAGGCUGUGCUUCCCUCGGGGCCCUGUCCUGCCCAGCAGCUCUGCACUGCCCGUGGAGGGGGAGAGCUCCCCUCGUCCUUCCCCCCUUCCCUGAGGAAACAGGAAUUACAAGGGACCCUGAAUCCCCCCCAGUGCCACCCCUGCCACGGCAGGGACACCUCCCACUGUCCCAGGCUGCUCCCAGUGUCCAGCCUGGCCUGGGGCACUGCCAGGGAUCCAGGGGCAGCCACAGCUCCCCCGGCCUCGGCUCCCUGCCCUUCUCCCAGGAGUGUCUGAACUUGGAGGACUGUGCCGCUCUCCUGCUUUUCCAGGUUUUUGUCCGUGCUGCUGCCUUUUCCAAGGGUUGACUUCAGACUCACUUUGGUUCCUAACACCAAAUCUCACGUGAGGCACAGGCAGCAAUUCCCAGGGGCUGCAGCUGGAGCCUGUGCCAGCAGCCCCAGCUCUGCAUUCCCAGAGCUGCUGCCUGCAUCCAGCACGGAUCCUCUGGGAGCUCUUCCCAGGAGCUCCAGGCACUCUCUGGCAGCAGUCCAGUGCCACCAGAGCCCUCCUCCCCCCUCCAGCCCCUGGUGGAGCACAGCAGAAGGUGCAGGACCACGGGGCACUGGUGGGGCGCAGUUCCAGCUCAGCAUUGCUCAGGAGAGAGGAGGAAUGUGGAGAAGCAGUUUUGGUGCCCCAGCUCUGGCUGGGCUGCAGGGGAGCUCUGGGACACCUGGCAGGAGGAGCCCCGGUGGGUUUGGGGGUGAGGGGAUGAUGAUGAGGAGGGGAUUGAGCCCAGGCCGGGCACUGCCAUCCUGCAGGAGCAGCCUGGCCCUGGCCCAGGGGCCUGAAAUGCUCAGAGCCCCUUUCCAGUGGCAGAACUCUGAUCGCUUCUGAUCCUAAAUCCUGAAUUAAGUUCCUUUCUCCUGCUGUAUCUGAAACCCACCCUGCGCCUGUCUGUGACUUGCUCCUUUUCCCUCGGAUACAAAUUCCUUCCCAGCUGGGCCAUGGGGCCCAGGAUCAUUAAUGGAAACUCCCCUGAGACAAGAAACAAAUGCCUGCAUUUACAGCAAAGGUUCAACUCGAUUUACUCCAUAUUAAAUCCAUUCCUCAAUUCCAAACAAAAGCCCUGGGCUCCGGGGGGAUGUGGGGAGGGCCAGGAGCUGAUCCCACCAUUCCCUGAUUUUCUGUGGGAGGGAGGGAGUUUCAUUCCCUGGUGAGGAAUGGGAAUGGGCUCUGAUUUUGGGAUGGAGGCCCUGGGGAUUGUGUUCAUGGCAGAUAAGGAGGCACCAGCUCUGCCCUCUCAGGGAUUCAGGCACCCUGAGUCCUGUUUUGUCCCCGUGUUCCUCUCUGACACCAAAUGUCCCUCUCAGAGAAGGCAUUGACUCCAUCUCCUGCAAGCCCCGCUCCUGCCAUUCCCUGAGCUCCCUUCGUGGCUGCUGCAGAGCCUUUCUGCCUUUGAGGCUCCAACCAGAGCCCUUAAUUUGACAAGUGCAGAGGGAGGUGAUGAAGCUGGAGCCGCAUUUACCCUUCCAGGGCUGCUGCCAGAGGUCCCUUUGCAGCUGUGCCUGGAGCUGCUGGGAGCUCGGCAUGGGCAGCCAGGCAGGGUUCCUGUCCCUGUUUCCCUCCGAGGUGACAAUCCCUGGGUGCAGCCUGUGCCUCUUCCCGUUUUCCUGCUGGUUUUUCCCUCCAGCAGCAGCAGCUCCUGAAGAGAUCCCAGGUCCAGGGCCACCUUCUGCUGCCAGGGGGGCACAGGGGUGACCCAGGGGUGGCCCUGGCCCAGGCAGGGACCCCUCCCCUGCUGGCAUUGCCCUCAUGGGGGCUCUGCAGGGGCAGGUGGCUCUGCCUGCCGAGGGAUGAUGGACAGUGAUGGACAGUGAUGGAUAAUGAUGGAUAAUGAUGGAUGAUGGAUAAUGAUGAUGUGUUGCGUUUUACCUUCUUUUGCCAGGGUUGGCAGGGUGGGCAGGCCCUGGCACAGGGUGCCCAGAGCAGCUGUGGCUGCCCCUGGAUCCCUGGCAGUGCCCAAGGCCAGGUUGGGCACCCUGGGACAGUGGGAGGUGUCCCUGCCAGGGCAGGGGUGGCACUGGGUGGGAUUUGAGGUCACUCCCAACCCGUUCCAUGACUCCUCUCAGGUGCCCUGAUGCUCCUCUGAACUCCCAAGGAGCUUCCCUGCUCACAAAGCAGCAGGACAAUUCCCUUUCCAUCCAUUCCCGGGGACCCAGCCGUUCCCAGUGCCUGCAGUAUCCCUCCCCGGGGUGGGGGCAAAUCCUCAUCCCGGCAGUUUUACUGCCACGUUUCAGCGGAGCGAGGCCAGGCUCCCACAAACCCCAUUUCUCCCAGUCCCUCCCUGCCACUCCCAGCCCUCUCAUUCCCUGUUGUGACUCCCAGUUGUUUUCUCCCCGAGGUUGUGCUCACACCAGUCCAAGCCCUCCCAAGUCAGUUUGCAAAUAUCCCUGCCAGCCCUUAAUGACCUGCUAAAAAUACCAGGAGUGAUUCAUCUCCUGAUCUAUGGAAAUGGGAAUUAUUUGCUCUUGGCAGCUCCUGGCCCUGGGCUGAGCUGCUGGAGGACACAAUGAGCAGAUCAGGGAAUACUGAAGGGAUUUUUCUUCUGUUUCAGGGGAAUAAAAACAUUUUCUACAAACCCAGGUGGGUUUUCCCUGGGGAAGUCUCAGGACUUCUCAAAGCCGCUGUCCCAAAUUUGGACAGGGAUGUCCAAUUUUAUUAAUGUAAUUUUUAGGCAGAAGUAUUUAAACAGCAAUAAUUUUAACCGGGGAUAUUCCAAACUGUGUUUUUGAGAGCCCUACAAAGGCUCAAUAUCUUCUAAUCUUUUAAUAGGGGCUGCUUAAGUGCCCUAAUAGGAAAAUAAGGGCUGUUGUAAUCACUUCUUUUUAAUUGAAAUAAUCCCACUGGGUUUAUUAAAGUGGUUUGGGGUUUCAUUCCAAACCUCCCCAGCCCUGCAGGAUGUUUAUUGGGAAGGUUUCCCGGCCCCUGCCACACAAUGAGGAGCAAAAUUCCCCAAACCCUGCACUUUCCCGGCUCUCCUGGGGCAGAUCAGGGUCCCACGGGAUCCCAAAGGGAGCUGUGAAACUUCCCUGGGGCUGGGAUUUAUUUGGGAAUGAUUUGGCAGCUGCUGGCUGGAAAUAAAUCGAUUUUCAGAAA